UCGGUAAGCGAAUGGUGUAGCGAAUAUUUAAAAAAACCAGUCAGCAAUUUAUUUCAUUUUACGUACGUCUUAUUCACGAUAGCGUUAACGGCUGGUCGAGGAGACGCCAGGAACGAGGUCGGUCUGGCAGCGAUAGAUCUUCAAUACCCAUACUUGAUUCUCUGUCAAAUCAGCGAUAGUCAAACCUAUGUGAAUACCCUGACGAAAAUCAACAUCCUCGACCCAACAGAAAUACUGAUGCCCGAAACGAUGUGCGAGCAUCGCGGCCGUGGGAACAAGCUGUACAGAUCGAUCAAAGAGAAAUUCCACGCGCUCAACAUCACGCCGAUUUCGCGAAUACACUUCAGCGAGUCGACCGGCAUGGAACGCGUGCGAACUCUCUGCGCCAGAGAAUACUCGACCGUCGAGCUAAUAGUCAAGCAAAAGUACUACGCUUUAGCCGCCGCUGCGGCACUGCUCAAGUACAUGGAAUACAUUCAGCACAUGGUUUACGCCCCGAAAUCGGUGAGGAUAGAGUUUCACGGAUCGCCGAAUACCACAAUGAUCGAUAUAGAGAGUGCACGAAGUCUCGAGCUGGUUGUCUCGCAGUCGAAGCAGUCCAUCGUCAGUCUGCUGGGCACGAUGAACCGCUGCUUGACCCCCAUGGGCAGAAGACUCCUGCGCGCCUCGAUCCUUCAGCCUUCGUGCGAUCACCGUUUGAUCGCCGAUCGGCAAGCCUGCGUAGCGGAAUUGGUGGCGAAUCAAUCCCUGUGCACCAGUCUUCAGGUAUACGGCGGUUUUGCGGUACCUAUAACGUCCGUUUCGCAGCCGGUGGUGCAACGUCUCUUCGGUACGGAUCGUUUGCUGACGUUAGCGAUUAAACCUCUACACGUCAACGACAUGCAAAAUGCAGAGCGAAAUCUAAAUUAUGCGCUGCUUUUGAAGAGCUGUCUGGACACCGUUCCGGAAUUGGAGGCACUUCUCGCGACUGGUCUUCACCCGUUCUUCGUAAAAAUGCGAAAGGUUUGCGUUUUCUCGCGGCUUGUACUGAGAGAAGAAAAUGAUUAUAAUUUAGGAAAUUCAGAAUUCCGAGUUAUGAAGAAUAAGAUUUUAAUGUUGCUACACACGGACGCGAGAUUCGUGAAGGGAUGCACUUCCUUGAGUAUGCAGCGAUGUUUUGCUAUAAAAACAGAUAUCAACGAACUGCUGGACAUCGCUCGGCAAAUUUAUUGCGAACUAAUUAGCGAUAUGAAGAGUAUAAGCACAAUAAUAGACAUGGUGGAACAGUUAGCUAUGAAACACAAGCUUCCGUUAUCCUUGGAGUACAACACAAGUUUGGGAUACCACAUAAACGUCGUCGUGCCGCGAGGUUUAAACAUGACACUCUCGGACUUGCCAUCUGAAUUCAUUCAGGCACGAAAGAACAGGAGAUCCUUCACGAUGACAACAACGGCGCUACUAACAUUGAAUAAACAAUGCAAGAACGCCUGCGAUGAGAUUUACAUGAUGAGUAACACAUUGUUGACUAAUUUACUGGAGGACAUCCGACAACAUGUCGGCUGUUUAUUUCAAUUGAGCGCCGACGUGGCGGAACUGGAUUUGGUCUUGUCGUUGGCUCAAAUCAGCGCUAAUCCAGAAUAUGUGAGACCGUCAUUCGGAACAAAGUUAGAGUUGAUAAGUUCGUUACAUCCAAUUAUGGAAUUAUUUAACAGAGAUCUCCCCGUGGCUAACGACGUGGUAAGAGUGUUGGACAUUAUAACUCAUCUCUCGGGAGAUAAACUCAUGAUAUUUUUUAUAUACUUUAUCUUGAAACACGUCUCGCAGAACGCCUCGACCACGCAUAAUUUUCACCUGAUAACUGGACCGAAUAUGAGCGGCAAGUCUACGUACUUGAAACAGAUUGUUCUACUUCAAAUUAUGGCACAGAUCGGAUCCUACGUGCCGGCGAAGAAGGCAACGUUUCGCGUUGCAGAUCGCAUACUUUGUAGGAUUAGCUCUCGCGACGACGCCGAGCUCAAUGCAUCCGCCUACGUCCUCGAGAUGAAGGAGGCGCAAUACAUCCUGCAAUCCGUCACGCCCAAGUCUCUCGUCGUGCUGGACGAGCUGUGCAGGCACACCACGGUCGAGGAGGGUUCGGCCAUCGCUUGGGCGAUAUGCGAGAAAUUAUCGCUGACGACCGCGUUCACGUUUGCGGCGACGCACUUUUUGCACCUCACCGCGCUGAGCGACAUGUAUCACAACGUGACAACGUACGCGAAAAUCCUGCACAAUUUUAUACAUAAGUUGGCAAAAAAAUGUUUACAGGGUGUCCCGUCCAAUUUAAUUAUCUUAAAAUAUAUCUCAAUAUUUCACUUGUUUUUAGUGAUACAAAAAAGUCGUUUCUUGGUUUGUUCCACUGUUGUUGUCGGCUUUUCUCGUUCGGUUUUAAUUGUAUCAUAUCGUGGUCCUAUCCCAACUUUUGUACUGUUACAAAAUAAGAUGUUAUUAUAAAGAAAUGUUACCGCAAUUUUUUUCAGCCAUUGCUUCGAGACAAAAACCGCGGAGCAGGACGAAUCGAAUGAUCUGCAUCUGAUAUAUACACACAAAUUGAAUCGCGGAACCGGAUGUACAGAUCAUUACGGAAUCGCUCUAGCGGAAGUGUCCUCUCUACCAAAAUGCGUUACGACUAAAGCGCGUGAGUACGCGUGUCAGCAGUCCGCCAGCUCACAAAACAACAAUCUUGGAUCCAUGGCGAGUUCUCUGUCAUGGGAGAAAUCGUGUUACGACGCGGUCGUCCGGUUACGCGCGCUAUUGGAGGAUAAUCGUUUCACUUUCGCAAAUAUAAUAAGUGUCAUGAAGGAAUUGGACCUAGGCAAGCAGAGAAACAAACAAGAAGAAACGAGAAGAUCGCAGGUUCCGGUAAAAUCUCCGAACGUCGUACAAAUUCCGGUGAAAUCCUCGGACGUCGUGCAGGAACGUAAGGAGGAGCAGAGACGCGAGGAAAGCAGAAACGUUGUCGCCGCGUCGAACAAUAAUUCGACGAUAAAUAACGAUGCAUUGCCACCGGAACAGGCGGAUAAAUAUGACCGAAAGGCAAGCGAGAGCGCGGUGCAAGCCGACGAGCCGAUGGAGAUCACCGAAACCGACGGUCGGACGACGGAUUCAAGUCAAUUCGCGAAAACGACUAUCAGGAGACGGGUUUCGAUGUUGAUUAACGAGGAGACGGUAAAUCGAACGGCACUCUCGUCCCCGGAUACGAUCUCUUCCCCAAUGCAAUCUCUCAUGGACGAUCCGCGAUUCUACGUCCGCACGUCGUUCGCGGCGUCUACUCCGGGAACAAUGGUUUUACAUCGCGAGAUCGAGGCUUCGGGCUUGAGUCUCCAGGCUACAAGCGCGAUCUCUCCGUCGAUAUCCUUCAACAGGUCUUCCCAGCAGUCGUUACAGUAUCACGAUUAUUGCCUGUCCGAGGGGGAAUUCGACGUCACUCUACCGUCGUCUCAGUCGACCUCGAGCGACGUGGCGAGGAGGAACGCGCGGUCGAAAGAGGCCGAGAUCUUUCGGCAGAUCGAGGGCGACGCAUUCGACGAAAGGAAUUUCUUCGACGACAAGCAAGUGCCACUGGAAAUGGAUCUCACUGCGGACGAUGACGUGGUGAUGCAACUGACUUAAAAUAAAUACUAAUUUGUCGUGAAUUUGUCACUUUUAUAAGUCUAUAAUGUAAAAAUUAUUAAGUGACUUUUACGUACGCUUUAACAUCUGUAAAAAGUAUUUGUAUGACUGUUAAUCGAAAAGAGAUUUCUAGCGAAUAUUUGACGUUGUCUAGAUAGAGAAAUAUUUUCUUCAUCUUAUAUUCAUCUCAAGAUGAUUUGAAAUAUUUCAGAUAAUUAAAAAAAAAAACACUUAUUUUCUCUAAGAUGAAGGUAAAGAUAGUACAUUUAGAUGAAGAUAUUUUCAAAGAAAAGAGAUGCGCAGAAUAUAAAUGUCCUAGUCCUAAAAUGUAUAUUAAUUCAUUGUAUUCAUUCAUUCAAAUGUAUGUUAGUUCACGUUUUAAUAAAACAUAGAUAUUACGUGA